GAACGCAACCAAGAGGAUACCGUGAAGUUUUCGCCGAAAUGAGCCUGACCAGAAGCUACCUCGUGAUUAUUCUACUUUACGUCGCUAUUGUCAAUCAUAUUCAUCUACCACUAGUGAGAUGUCAAGAUGAGGAAAGCUCGCAGUGUAUACCUAAAAGAGCGUUCUUGACCCUGUUACGUCUCCCGGAGGUAAACUCCUAUUUAGCAGCUUAUUCAAGAACGGCGAGAGUGAUUCAGAACACAGAGGACCGCAGUGGCAUGGCACACUUGAAAGCUUUAACCGAAGAUGGCGACGAUGACACCGAAAUCUGUAUACCUGCUGGAAUCUAUUUAGAACUGUUCAAGGAUCCAGCUAUGCGUGGACAUCUCAGUGUUAUUGGGAGAACGCAAAAAUUUCCAGACAUAUCGGGACGCCUUCUAGAAGAUAGCGAAGAAAUCGACACACGAGAUUUGCUACCAGUAUCUCAAAAAAAGAGUAUCGCAAUGUUGGCUAAGAACGAUGAUCUUCCGAUAAGUCUCCAGGAUCGCAUCGAUGAAAACCAGGACGAUGAAGAAAAGAGAAUCGAUGUCUCGAGCGAUCAGUCCGAUCGAAACGUACCGGAAAUUCCACACGAUUAUUUACUGCCCGGCGAAGCGUUGGAUUUGGAGGCUCUCGCGCGAGAAUACCCAAUGGAGAAACGAAAUGUCGGCACCCUGGCUAGGGAUUUCGCGUUGCCACCGGGCAGACGAAAUAUCGCGUCAUUGGUAAGAGAUUACGAGCUUCAAACGAAAGGAAAUAACGUUGGGGACCAUAUGCUACCGUUCACGGGGAAAAGAAACGUCGCCUCUCUAGCCAGAACUUUCACGUUACCGCAAAAUGGCAAAAGGAACGUUGCAUCCAUAGCGAGAGAUUACGGUCUUCCGUAUGGGAAACGAUAUGUCGGUUCUUUAGCUCGAACGGGUGACAUUCCGAUGCGCGAGCAAGGAAAAAGGAGCGUCGCCAUUUUGGCCAAAAAUAUGGCCUGGCCUGCCUCCUUGAAGAGAGGCAGUUCUGUCCCUGGAACCGUUAUCUUGAGAGCUCUCGCCCGACAUGGUAGAUCGUUGGCGAGUGAAUCGAACGCUAGAAACAAUUACGAGGGUGGUAUCUUUGGGGAUGAAAAGUUGAACGAUUCUCAGGCUAUCGACGGAUUUUACGAGAGAAUUGAUUCAACGAAUAGGAGGCCGCAAAGACAGAUCAGUUUCACCGAUGAGUACCCCUUGCCUGUUAUGCAAAACACCAACGGAUUCGAUUACGAAGAAAUGAUGGAGGCUCUUAGCGGUCAGUAUCCGAAUGCUGAAAAGAGAUUCAUGGAAACAGGUUCUAUGCCAGAGGUGCAGCAGAAGGUAGAACGUUCCGGAUAUUCGGAAACAUUUCAAGCAAGUAAAAGACACAUUGGAGCUCUGGCACGACUUGGUUGGCUUCCAUCUUUAAGGGCCGUGCGAUUUUCACGAUCACCCCGGUAUUUCGUCGGCAGGGAGAAUCCCUCAGAUGGGUCCUCGUCCAACUACUCCUCCAACUCGUCGACAAGGUCGUUAAAACCGAACAUUAAACCAGGAGCACCCUACGUUCAAGCCUUGCACGGAGAUUGUCGACACGGCUUCAAAAGGUUCCUGUUGUUACCGACAACCGAUAAAUUUCUUCGUCAGAAAUUUCCAAAUUCCAUCUAAAUCGAUUACUACAUAUUUAGCAUUGCA